CACUCUCUCACUCCAGCAAUGGCCAGCCGGCCAUAGCCCACUCCCUCAUUCACUCACUCCCCCUCCCCUCCCGCUCCCGCCCUUCGCCCCCCCUCGCGCAACCGCUUUCUCCCUUCCCCUUCCUUCCUUUUCCUCCGAGCUCGCUGCCAGGGACCGUUCUCGUGCCGCGCUGUGGUUGCCAGGUCGGAUUUCGAGGCGCCCGUGAACAGCGAGAGCCUGCGCGCGUUUUUGAGCCAUUCGUGGGAGGGAAGUCUUCCGCACCGUUGUGGCUUCCUCUGGAGCGCGCGUCGGAGUUGCUGCUCGGACAUUGGAGCUUCGGAGCUGGCGCAGCCGGGGAGUUGUUGCGUUUUCUGGGUCGGGAGGUCGGGGUGCCAGGGCGGGAGUUGACGUGUAGUUUUGGGGAUACGAGGCUGGGGUGGUAGUGGGGGGUUCUUGCGGGGGAUUUUGAGAAGUUUUGAUGGGUAUUUGCGGUGAUGAGGUUUGGGGGCUUGCCGUGGUGGAAUGAGGGGUACGUUGAAGGAGAGAGAGGUCUGUCGGGGAAAUUCGAGUGCAAGCGGGAGUGUGAUGGAGCGAGUUUGUGGUAGAGGGAGGCCGAUGGUUGCAGUGGUGAGCUCGGUGGGAUCGGUGGAUUCGAUUGGGACAUGUUGGUAGGCAGAGACUAGGGUUAGGGCGUGGGCAGUGACCGUUGGGUGCCAUUAGUUUGGUUGAGUGUGGGAAGCGGCCGUGGACCCUGGAGCUUGCGUUUCUGAAUUUUCGAGGGGCUUGUUGCCAUGGCGAAGCCGAAGAACGGGAAGAAGACUCUCGACUCGUGCGUCAUUAAAGGCACUCGGAAAAUUGUCAAAGUUGGAGAUACAGUUCUGAUGCGCAGCGAGGAUGCGGAUAAACCUCCCUAUAUUGCAAAGGUAGAGAAGAUCGAGGGUGAUAGUCGAGGCAACGUGAAAGUCCGGGUCCGGUGGUACUACCGGCCGGAAGAAUCCAUGAGCGGGCGCAAGCAGUUCCAUGGACAGAAGGAGGUUUUUCUGUCGGACCACUAUGACGUGCAGAGCGCGGACACAAUAGAAGGCAAGUGCAUUGUUCACUCUUUCAAGAACUACACGAAGUUGGAGACUGUGAGUGCUGAGGACUAUUUCUGUCGAUUCGAGUAUAAGGCAACCACUGGCGGUUUCACCCCUGAUCGCGUCGCUGUGUAUUGCAAGUGUGAGAUGCCAUACAACCCUGACCACGUGAUGCUGGAAUGCAACAGUUGCAAAGACUGGUUUCACAGACAUUGCGUGGGCUUGAGCGAAGAGCAGGUGAAACAUGUGGAUAGAUACAUUUGCCCUACUUGUGCCCCUGAAACUGUGAAGAAAAGCAAUGGAUCGUCACAUAAGACACCAGACGCGAAGCCGGAUCUGAAACGUCAGAGGAGGUGACCUCAAGUCAAGCUUGGCGCAUUGCUCAAGUGGUUCUUGCAGUAUGUUUCAGAUGUCAGAGAUAUGAGAAGUUGGUGUAGAUAUGAGGAUUCAGAUGCAAAAUGUAAGAUAGUGAGUUGACUACCUUGGUGGGUUCUACAUUUCAGCGACCUUUUCUAGAAUCCGAAGCUGUGUAUUAUGAUCCACUCAAAGUGUUUAUUGGAAUACACGAGUUGGGGCUGUGCCAAUUACGCAGUCCGAGGUCUCUUCCUCUGCUGUCUCAGGGUAACGAGCGCAUAAUUGCUUGAUGAGAAUUCACUCUACCUGUGAGCAUUAAUCCUCUUAGAUGAACCUGCGGCCCAUUUGCCUGUCUCGGUCAGCAAGACAUUUUGUCCAGUUGGGCACAAGUUGCAAUAGAAAGCUAGGUCGCUGGCAUAUAAAGCUGGAUCCAGCAUUGACGUGUACCUCAUCUCUAAUAUCUACUGUGUUGCAAAAUCAA